GAGAAGGCUCACUGAGACGGCAGGGCGCCUGGAAACAGGUUUCAACAGCGCAGAGCAGAGAGAGGCUAUCAGGUUUGUCGGUCAGCUAGAGCAGCAGAAGAACAUUGCGGAGUCCGGACCUGUGUGUUGUGUAUAUUAGGUCGGAUUUGUUUCUCAAAAUCCUGUCAGCGAUAUUUUUUGAUUUUGGGGGACCUUCAACAUCUCUGCGCAACGGCGGGAGAAGCAAAAACAACCAAAAGUUACGCAGGAGAGGAGUACAUUUACAAGGAAAGAAAAACCCAACAAAGAAAGGGAGCGGGGAAGUAGUUUCUCGCUAGCUGGCGAGCUAGCUAGUUUUGGAAGAAACCGCAAAGAAAGUAUGUCUGUGGCCGUGCGUAAUGCUUUCGCAAUGGAUUAUAACAGAGUACUGUGUAUAUUUUUGCAGGUUUUUUUAUUGAUCAGUUUAGGAUCUAUAAGGGUAAAUGGACAGUAUGGCGACCGGGGAAUGUCUAUUCCGGAGCACGGCUUUUGCCAACCGAUUUCUAUUCCACUUUGUACGGACAUCGCAUACAACGAGACCAUCAUGCCAAAUUUACUAGGACACACAAACCAGGAGGAAGCAGGGCUCGAGGUACACCAGUUUUACCCGCUUGUGAAAGUUCAGUGUUCUCCUGAUUUAAAGUUUUUUCUCUGCUCCAUGUAUGCGCCUGUGUGCACGGUGCUUGAGCAGGCGCUUCCCCCGUGCAGGUCACUGUGCGAGAGGGCGAGACAGGGCUGCGAGGCGCUCAUGAACAAAUUCGGUUUUCAGUGGCCGGAAAGGCUCGUGUGCGAGUCUUUCCCGGUUCACGGAGCGGGCGAGCUGUGCGUCGGUCAGAAUAUGUCGGGUCAAAGCACACCGGUCAAUCCCACCCCCGAUGUAACGGAGCCUCCGUAUGAUACUGGGAUUGUAAAAGGACAGUUCAAGUGCCCGGCUUCGCUGAAAGUACCCACUUAUUUGAAUUACCGUUUUCUCGGUGAGGAUGACUGUGGCGCACCGUGCGAGCCAAAGAAAUCUAACGGAAUGAUGUACUUCAGUGAAGAAGAGUUAAAAUUCGCCAGGAUAUGGAUAGUAAUCUGGUCUGUGUUAUGUUGUGCAUCCACGUUAUUUACCGUUCUAACCUAUCUGGUGGACAUGAAGCGCUUCAGCUACCCUGAGCGUCCUAUUAUCUUCCUAUCCGGUUGCUACACCAUGGUAUCCAUUGCCUACAUAGCUGGAUUUCUCCUUGAGGACAAGGUGGUUUGCAAUGACAGGUUUGACAACGACAUUAGGACUGUGGUGCAGGGUACCAAAAAGGAGGGUUGUACCAUCCUCUUCAUGAUGUUGUAUUUUUUCAGCAUGGCCAGCUCCAUCUGGUGGGUCAUCCUGGCCCUCACCUGGUUCCUGGCAGCAGGGAUGAAGUGGGGUCACGAAGCCAUCGAGGCCAACUCGCAGUACUUCCACCUGGCGGCGUGGGCUGUGCCCGCCAUUAAGACCAUCACUAUCCUGGCGGUGGGACAGGUGGAUGGGGAUGUCCUUAGCGGCGUGUGCUUCGUGGGCAUCAACAGUGUGGACGCUCUCCGAGGCUUCGUCCUGGCGCCGCUCUUUGUCUACCUCUUCAUCGGCACCUCGUUCCUCCUGGCUGGCUUCGUGUCUCUGUUCCGGAUCAGAACCAUCAUGAAGCACGACGGCACCAAGACGGAGAAGCUGGAGAAGCUGAUGGUGAGGAUAGGGAUCUUCAGCGUGCUCUACACAGUCCCCGCCACCAUCGUCAUCGCCUGCUACUUCUACGAGCAGGCCUUCCGGGAGCAGUGGGAGAGGACGUGGAUCAGCCAGACGUGUAAGACGUACGCCGUGCCCUGUCCGGCCCACCCACACCCCAACAUGAGCCCCGACUUCACCGUCUUCAUGAUCAAGUACCUCAUGACUCUGAUCGUGGGGAUAACGUCCGGGUUCUGGAUCUGGUCUGGGAAGACCCUCAACUCCUGGAAGAGGUUUUAUACGAGACUGGCUAACAACAACCAGGGAGAGACCACAGUGUGAAUGGUCUGAGUGGGGUGAGACCUCUGGAUGUACUUUAGCCUAUGAUGGGUGUCCCCCACACACAUAAAAAACUGUUUAUUUACAGACUGAAUGAAUGAUAAUCGUUUUUGGACUUAAUUGCCAUGCAGAGACACUCAUUGGUACAUUAUGUUUCUAUUGUACAUAAAACAUUUUGUGAGAUUUUUGUAAGUAUAUAUUUGUAUUUAAAGAUCAAAAUUCUCUUUUUUAGUUGUUUCCCUCUAUUAAAACCAACAUUUAUUUGACACACUUUGAGCAUAAUGGAAAUGGACCUUGGUGAUAAAGAGCCAGCUAACUGAGCAUUUAGCAUUAAGGAUGUGAUUGUCUUAGGACCUGAGUUGGCUUGGUCACUGUUGGGAGAGGGUUGUAGCUGUCAUUGAUCAGUAGACUGGCUCGGAACAUUGUUUCUAUGUCCUGUGAAAAACAAUUGCUUCCUCGUGGGUCCUUAUCCCCCAUUAUACUGUUGUUCUUUCUGUCCAACUGUUCUCUUCUAUUCAACAUAUUUCCAAUGCCUAAAUGCCUGGCAUUUGAAGGUUAAAAGUACAAUCAACAUGUAUUUUAAAACGAGGUAUAAGUUUGGGAUUAUGUGUUCAACAUAUUUCUAAAUGCCUUGGAUUUGAAGGUUAACAAUAUGAUCAACAUGUAUUUUAAAACGAGGUAUAGGUUUGGGAUUAUGUGUUCAACAUAUUUCUAAAUGCCUUGGAUUUGACGGUUAAAAAUACAAUCAGCAUUUUUAAAACAAGAAAGUAGGUAUAGGUUUGGGAUUGUGUGCACAUGUACUGUGUAGCCUACAUGAUAUGAAUCCUCCACAUACAAAUGUUUUCAUAACCUCCAGUACUUUAAGCUAGAAUGAGAACAUUUAGCCCCAAAUCUAGCCCAAAUACUUUCACCAAAGUUAAAAGCCGUCUUUUGGUGAUUAGAACAAAAUAUUUCAAAAGAAUGAAAGUAAACCAUUUGCAGGAUCUUUUCAACAUUUUGUUUAUGUGUUUCAGACAUGCUGCCUAUUAACACAGAACAGACACACGUUGUUUGUUCCUUUUGUUGACCUAUUUGAGCACUUUGAGGAGAAAUAAUAGCCUGGUCCCAGAUCUGUUUGUGUUGUCUUGCCAACCCCGAAGGACCAUAGGAGUAGGCAGGACAGCACAAUCGGGUCUUGGACCAGGCUAGGGGAAUACAGAAUGCUGGACAGAGACAGCUCAGACUCAGAGGUGGGCUACGUAACACAUCAGCUGCACUCCCUAAUGCUUUCUCACAGACAGACAGCUGAAAUACCAAUCCUUCAUUGAUGAACAAGCUGAAAUACGUAGUAGCCUACUCUACAGCCGGCUGUAUAAUUGGCUUAUAAAAACUGAAAACAAAUGAAUAAUUGAAGGAGAUAGAGCAGUGCGUUUUGUCAUUUCAGACCUACAGGUAAUCAGAGUCAGAAAAUGAAUAUUCCCCACAAGGUAAUUGUUGGCAAAAUGUGGCUGUUUUUUUAAAAUUUUCGAUUGGCCCAGGUGGCAGCUUGAAGCAGUCCCCUUUCACCCCUGAGUCAUUUCUCUCCUGGUUAAAUGUGUGCUUGUGUGUGUGUGGGUGCUAACCAUGCAGGAUGAGCAGCUGACUUUAGGCUUUAUAAAGGAAGACACCGUGAUCUGUCCCCACCUCACGCUUCUUCUGUUAUGUUCUUGUCAAAUGCAUGGAAGUUAUUUUACCCUAAAUGCAUGGAUGGCUCUCUAUUAAACAACAUGUUCAUGCCUUUCACAUCUAUUAUGUUUAAUUCUGGUAUUCUGCAUUUGUUUGUUAUUAAAAACAUUAUAUUUAUAGAAAAACUUCUUUAUAUCCACACUGAUUACUUUAAAGAAUAAAAAAUCCAACCUUUGCA